AUGUCUACAUCAUCGUCGAGAAAGCGCAUCAUUGUAUGCUGCGAUGGAACCUGGCAAAAUUCGGACAACGGACAUAAUAAAUCAUCUAAUGGAAAGUCCAAAUCCAACCUCCAAGUGCCUUCGAACUUCCAAAUCAUAUAUUACCAAUCCGGAGUGGGCUCGAAAUUGGGGCUCGUAGCUCGGUUACUCGGGGGCGCCUUUGGUACAGGCAUAUCCGAGAACAUCCGCGAAGCCUACGCCUUCAUUUGUGCUAACUAUGUCGACGGAGACGAGAUCGUUCUUCUUGGUUUCAGUCGAGGUGCUUUCACUGCAAGGUCGAUUGGAGGCAUGAUUUCAGACCUUGGACUCCUCACUCGCGUCGGCCAGGAAUACUUUUACCCUAUAUUCAAGGACAUGCAAAACUGGUCUAACGAAAGCUAUAAAGGGUACUCUCGCGUUAGAGGGAACAACGGGAAAGGUGCCAUCAUCCAAGUUCGAGCAAUCGGUGAGCGACGGCAGGAAGAACAGGCCACAUCUGACCUACGCCAGGUUUGGUUCCCGGGAAGCCAUGCGAAUAUCGGUGGCGGAUGGCCAGAUCAGGGUGUUGCUGAUACCACACUUGCUUGGAUGAUGGAUCAGCUCUCUUCAGUGGGUUGCGAAUUCAGACCUGAUGCGUUGGAAAGGGCCUUCGAAACCACCAUGAAGUACUAUACAAAUCAAGAGCCAGAGAGCGCCUCGCAUCACCGAAAAUAUCGGCCACCAGGUUGGGCCGAGAAAUCCAUCUAUGAGUCGAAUAAACCGGUACGCCCAUGGUCACUACAUUACAUCCAAUCCGCAACUGGUCCCCUUUACAACUUGGUAGGUAGUGUUACCCGUGCCCCAGGGAUGUACAAGAAAAUCAACCCCAAAGACGGCCGCCCCCUGUCGGAAUUUCUAGAGGAUACGAAUGAACGGAUUCACCCGAGUGUUAGGGUGCGACUUGCUUGCGAAGGAUUGGGUCCCAACGACUCAGACGUUUGGCACUGCCCGUCCCUGCUCCAGUACUGGAGACCUAGACGAGUUUCCGCUCAGUUCUUUGAUCCUAUCUCUCGAACGACAGACUGGGGGUCUGCAAGCCACCGGGACGAUAGCGAAACUGCAACUCAACAGUCAAGACAAGCUGGAAGCGUGGCAGAUACGGAGACGAUCGUAACAGAAAGCCUCCAAAUGCUCAGCUUGGACCCUUCUGAAAGAUGGGUGUGGGAAUACGUGGGACCUGAGAUCACUGCGCCGACUAUCAGAACGAUGGUGGAGGAGAACCUAGGCCCUUACGAACGAAGGCUAUUGCACUUGGCGGCUGGCAAAGUACAUGUCUGUGAAUAUGCAGAAAAACAAGAUAUCAACAAACUCAAGGCUUUCGAGCUUCGGGGGUUCAUCAAGAUGAUGAAGCGGCUGCACAAAAGAUGGCACUCCAAGGAAGCUGCAGCAGCCAGGCAUGCUCGGAAGAAAAAGGAUAAAAAGUAA